AUGACAAGUGCUGCUCUCUUCGUCGGAAAUGCUGGACAAGUCACUACUCGACGUGACCUCCCUCCAGUCACAGCACGAGACGACGAGAUUCUCAUUGACGUCCUCUACUCGGGAGUCAACCCUGCGGAUCUCAAGAUAGUACACUUCACCAACUAUCGGAACUCUGUCCCGGGAACCGACUUCUGCGGCAAGGUCCUAGACUGCCCCGCUCUUGUCGACUCUGGGUUCAAAGUCGGCGACAUCGUAGCCGGUCAGACUGUUGCCCAUGGAGAAUAUUUUAAAGAGUACGGCGCUCACAAGCCGCGCAUUUCCACGCCGAAACUUGGCCUGUUCAGAGUCCCUGAGAAUAUGGCCCGCCCCGACGCCGCAGCCAUAACCACCGUCAGCCACACCGCCAGCGAUGCAUUGUACAACAACUUCCAACUUCCUCUCCCAGGAUCCAGUACUGAUGUUUUUGAGGGCACGCUGGUCGUAUGGGGUGGAGGAACGGCCGUCGGCCUGUCCGCCAUCCAACUGGCCCGAGCUAGCAGAAUUACCAACAUCAUUACUACGGCAUCUCUCUCCCGUCAUGAUCUCCUCCGAGGACUCGGUGCAACCGAAUGCUUCGACUACAAGGAUUCCGAUGUCUCAGACAAGGUCAGACAAGCGGUCAUCAACACAGGCCACUCUCGUGUAUGGGGAUUCGAGACCGCGGGGUCGCCCGAAUCGAGUCAGCUGCUCCUCGGUGCGCUUACCAACAUCGAUGCCGAUGUUCGAUUUUCUUGGGUCAAUGCAACGGGUGCGCAGCGUCCACCAAGCGAAUCUGUUCUCGGAUCUCGAGACUACGAUAUCGUCUUUGAGGUUGCCGGUGGUCGCCAUGUCAUUUCCGCAGAACCUGGAAAGGCCGCCAACAUGUGGGCUGCUCUCGACUGGGUAGUCAAGAAUUAUGGAAAGGGAUUUGAGCUUCCUGUCGUACGUGUGUUUGAGGGUACGGGAGAAAAGGCGCUGGAAGAGAUGGAGACGGUGUCCAAGCAAGGAGCUUUUGGCAAGCUCGUGUUGAAGCAUCCCCUUCGAUGA